UCUCAGUUUAUAUCAGAGAGCCCAAUGGAGUCUUUUCAAGGACCUAGUCAGGUUAGCAGGACAAACUUUUUACAAGUCCCCACUGCAACUGAUUUCUCAUCAGAGGAUGAAGAUGAUAAACCUGUCAUUAAAAACUGUUACUCACCACGUCCCCGAAGGCGGAGUUCUGCUUCUUCAGAGGAAGAGGAGGCAGAAACCCCCACCGGCAUCGGAAGAAAAGUUUCAUUUGCGGAUGCAUUUGGGUUUGAUCUCGUGUCUGUGAAAGAGUUUGAUACCUGGGAAGUUCCAAAUAUAGGACACAAUGACACAGACGAUGAUGUUUUCCCUCAGGAGGAAUAUUUUUUCUCUCAGUUGUUUACGUUACCUGCUUCACAGGAAGAACUUAUGCAGAAAGUGAGAGAGCAGAAAGUACUGUUGGAAUCAGUCGUGUUGCUGCCGGGCUUUACCUGUAUGAACGGCAUUAUCCGAGUCCUCAAUGUAUCCUUUGAAAAACAGGUGUAUGUUCGAACAACGCUGAAUAACUGGCUCAGUUACUACGAUAUCCUCGCAGACUUCAUGCCUAAUUCUUGUGGUAGUGAAACUGAUCAGUUCUGCUUUAAGAUUUCUUUGGUGCCUCCUUACCAGAAAGAUGGAGUUAAGGUGGAGUUCUGCAUACGCUACGAGACAUCGGUCGGCGUCUUCUGGGCAAACAACAAUGACAAAAAUUAUGCACUGAUUUGUCACAAGAAAGAAAGUGCACCCAGGGUGGAUAAUAAACCACAAAAAGGGGUUGCUGACAGACAGCUUAAAGGCUGCUUAAAGACGACACAAAGCAGCAAAGAAGAAAUAUUGGCAACGUCUGACAAGGACAUGAGGAAUAAUUCAAGGACUCCAGACAUAAACAUCCCAGAGAUUGUUUAUUCACCAGCAGAAGACAAAGACAUCAAACCAGCUAAUGAAAACAUAAAAGAUAAAAAUGCAGACUACAACUGGGGUGAUCACAAAGAUGAUGAAAAAGAAUCAGAAUUGCUGCUAAAUCUGAACAUCACAGGAGCUAGAGGUACCUCUUCCGGAGAUAAAAAGAAUUUGUAUGCAACAGAAUCAGUUAAUUUUCCAGGAGAAACUGAAAGAUUGGAGGAAAAGCUAACCUGUGUAGAAAGAGGCAGUCACUUGCUAAGGCACCCUGUGCCUAUCAGUGCCCCAUCUGAAAACACUUUGCAAGAGACAGGAGGAGAAUUAAAAUCCAAAGUUAAGUAUUCCCAAAUUGAUUAUAAUAGUCAGCCAUCAGGGAAGGAAGUUGCUGGUGGCAUGGUAAACAGCAGCAAGUGGUUUUUGGAACGUACUGAUACCAGUGAAAGCCUUUUAUCAGCAAAGUAUUUUCCUGGGACAAAGCAGGAUGAGGCUAUGGAUACAAGUGCUACUGUCUCAAGACGACAAGGAGAGAGCCAUGCAGAUAUUUCAAAAUAUGAAACAGACAGCGCCUCGGGAAGUAAGAUGAUGGAGAGGUUAUUCAUCAGUGAAGAUGCUUCUGAUACCUCGAAAGGGGCUUGUGAAAUGAGACCAGAAACCAUUUCUCCAGAGCAUGAUGAAUCCAUGCAAUUAAAUGCAUGCAUAGCAGGAACGCUGGAUGGCAAUGCUAAUCCAGCUCCGGAGCACCAGGCGCCACAAACGUCUCACCAAACCCGGGAUUCAUUGUUGUCAGAUACUGACAAAAAGGAAGGAAAAAUCAAGAUGAUUGAAAGCAAAGUUCAGGUACAUUUAAGAGGAGAUUUAUAUGCUGACACUUUUGCAGAUGCUGAUGCCUCAAUAGAUUCCGCAAAAAGCCAAUACACACAAAAAAAGGGAGUUGGUAAAAUGUCAGGAAAGGACUAUAACACUGAUGCGGAGAAGGAUAAGAAAGUCAUCGAAAUAGCAGACUUGGAACUGAUUGGCGAGGAGGAAGCACCCAAGCCUUUCAAGUCACACAGAAAACAGGGUGCCAAAGCCUCAAACACAACAUCUCUGUCAGCCGAAGACAGCGAACAGGCACCCAAGCCAACAAAGGAAGAUCCCUGGGCACCCUCUCCAGGCAAUGAGGUGAGAGCUGAAGACGCUUGGGAACACAGAGGUUUCACAAGGUUAAAAACCAAAGAAAAGUCAGCCAACACAAAUGAGGGUAGGCUGUUGGGAAAGGAAAGCAAAGCAAACCCAGUGGAGCAAAGGUGGCAAGAAUCAGGUAGCGAGGUUCCGUGGAGAGCAAGGGGGAACACAGAGCCUCAGAGCACGGCCUCCACCAAGGGGUUGCUUACCUGCCGGGAGGCAGAGAGUUGUGAAAAGUCUUAUGUCUCCACGCAGGUUAUCGCAGAGGAAGCAAAGGCAGGUACAGCUUCUAUAAUUAAAACAACAUCAGAAAGUACUUCAGAAAAAAUGUCUGCCACUGAAAAAGCAGCAAUUGCUAAGCUACCUCGAGAGACUGCACUAAGUGACAGGCCCACAGAGGAAAAGGAAACAGCGUUUGAUACACAUGAAGGGAGAAAUGAUGGUUCGCAUUAUGCUCUUUGUCAACUCAACACAGUGGGUGUAUUAUAUGACACUGAAUUUGAAAAGGAAUCAGUUUUAGAUAUUUAUAAUGCACAUGUACAUGAAACACUGCAAGGAGAAAAGAUGUCUGUACGCAACAGCAGGGAAAAACGUGCCAAAGCACAACCAGACAUCAGCAAUAUUCUAACUGCAGGAGAAGCAUUAAAGCCUUCUGCUGCAGGAAAGGGAGAAGAUAUGCUGCAGGGUUUAUAUUCAGAAGUACGUAAAUGUCCCUCAAGCCCUCAGAAGCAUUUAUACAAUGAGGAAGCAGUAGCACUCUGUAGGGAAGAGAGCCAUGUUGGUGCACUUUCCUGUUUAACUGCUGAAACUGAAACAAAAAUGCCACCUUCUGGUACAAGUGUUGUGUCCAGUUAUCAUUAUAAGAAUUCUUCAGGAGCUUCCUCUGAAGGGCCCACUGUGGCAGGAGAUAAGGAGCACCUGUAUAGACACAUUGAAUUCAAAGUAAUUGAUAAGGUUGCUGCUGAGUCAGGGUACGAUUUAAGUCUACCAAAUGAAAUUACAGGUGUUAAUAAAAACCUCUGUCCUGAAGCUGAAAAAAAGUAUGUGCCUUCCACUUCAGACAUAGCAAUUUCUGGAGAUGGAAGAGGAAGGAAUACAGGUCAAUGUUUCCAUCAAGCAGAGUUCAAACAAGACAAGACAUGGAGGUCAGAGUUUUUAAUUAGUAAGCCUACAGAAGAAGAUGGAGGGGCAAGAUCUGGCCGUCUAAUAACAGAGGGGAAAACACUAAACUGGCUUGAUGACUCACAGAAGGAAAGCCAGCACAUUUCUGAUUCUGAUAAUUCUACCCAGAAAAGUGAAGCUCUUAAAUUAUCUACUAAGCCUUCAGGUUUAAAAUAUCUUGCUUUCAAAAUAUUUUGUUUCUUCUGUUUUCUUUUUUUGCUGCAACACUAUACCACUAUGAUUUGAUGGUUUGUCUUGCACUCUACCUGUUCUCCUUGUACUGGCUAUACCGUGAAGGAGGAAGAAACAAGGAGUCUGUCAAGAAGGAAUAGCACUGAUUGCCAACUGUGCUCAAGAUCCAUGGUCAACAGUCUCUAACCCCUCAAAAGCAUUUUCACUGAUAAAGUUUAUUCAUUGCUAGAACCAAAGCAAGUUUUCCACUGAAGCAUCUUUUUAAAAGAUUACGUAUGAAGUUGAGCCUUCAUAUAAGUAAUUAUACUAUAUAGGACCAUUAUAUUUGGAUCAUUAAAUACCUACAUGAAUAUGAGUUCUGAAGCACGUCAGGUUAAAAUAAAGUACAGCUGUUUCUCCUUGGCAGGUUAUGAAGAAGCAAUGCUUCAUAUCUCUUUAGUACUUAAAACCACCGUCUUCGUGCAUUAAUUUCUUUUGCAGUAAAGCUUCAUAUUUUUCUGAGUUUUUUUCUAAGGUUUCAUUUAGCACACAACAACACAAGGAAUGGUAUAAAAACUCGGUAUUUUUAUACUGACAUUGCAGUUAAUAGUCUGCUAGUGUAAUUAGCUAACUCUAAGAAAUAUGACAGCUGUUGACAGGUUGAUAGUUUUUUCCAAAUUUUUGUUCCAUUGUGACCUAAAGCUCCAGUGGUGCCUCAGUUAGAAAAAUUUAGGGCUUUGGCUUCAGUAACAUCAUGUAACUUUUAGGAUGCAAUUGCACAGUUUCCAUCCUGCAGAGACUGAAGGCCACAGCCACAGGCCUCGUACUACUCACUUACAAACAUGUUGAUCAUAUUUUUGGUUUUCUAAAUGAGGACUGUGUAAUAUGAUUGAGAAUUUCACUGAAAUAAGAUCUAUUUCAGACAAAGCCUUUGAAUGACAUUUUUUCACCAGUGUCACUUGAGCAUAUGUACAAAGCAUUAAAUAAAUUUAAAUAAAUUUUACAAAGGAGUGCUGUGACUGUGUUGA